AUGGCUGUCGAAAAUAGCGCAAAUUUUCACAGCUUACACUGUGAAGCUUCUCUUUACGAGUUUUAUAAAAUGAUUCGUUUCGUUUCAUCGAAAACAUCAGUUAAAAUAAUGGAUACAAUACAGAAUCCGGCUGUCCCAUUUAAUUUACCCAUUCCUAAUGGUAUGUGUGUUGGAAAAAUGAUAACAGUACAAGGGAUGGUGCCUUCAAUAUCUGAAAGGUUUGCAGUUAAUUUAUUAAGUCAUUCACAUGAUAUUGCACUUCAUGUCAGCCCCAGAUUUAAAGAAAAGUAUAUAGCAAGAAAUAGCGUUCAGAAUAUGAAUUGGGGACCAGAGGAAAACAAUGGAGCACUCACAAUGUUUCCAGGGCAAGGUUUUGAAAUUAUUAUUCUAUGUGAAGAGUACGAUUUCAAAAUUGCUAUUCAAGGACGUCAUUUUGCAGAAUUCAAACACAGACUUCCUUAUAAAUGGAUAACAAAUAUUGCAGUCGAUGGAGAUGUAAUUGUACACAAUGUUUACUUUAAAGAAACAAAUAACAAUCAAAUGAAUAACAAUAAUCCCAAUACUAUGCCAUAUGGAUUUCAUCAACCUGCAGGUAUUCCCUCCCAAUUGAAUUCUGGUGGUAUGCACCCUCAGAAUCCACAAUAUAACAAUAAUCCAGGCUUAGGAUUUAAUUCUGGUUCGGGACCUCAGUAUCCUCAAGGUUCCCUUUAUCCUCAGCAGCCGAAUUAUGGACAGAUGAAUAAAAAUUCGAAUACUUUUGGUCAGACCAAUGGGAAACCUGAUUUUUUGAGACAAGCUGCGGGAACUUUAGUCGGAAUACUAGGAGGCGGAGGGUGUUCGGGAUUAACCAGAGGUCAAAGAGCUCCGCCGCCACCUCCGCCUGCACCGACAGCUCAAAAUUACUCCUCAAUAUUGGAUCAAGCCGGAUCGGCUUUAUCGGGAAUUUUAGGUGGUCGAGGGUUAGGAACUUUAGGAACCGCCAUUGCAGGGGCCGCUCUUACUGGUCAUUUAAACCCGAUCAAAGCUGUGAAAAAGCAAAAAAAAGCUCAAAAAAAAGCACUUAAAUACGGUCUUCCAUUGGCAGGAGUGGGUCUCGGAGCUUAUGCUAUACAUAAAGGUUUCAAAGGUUUUCGACGAAGUUCGAGUAGUAGUAGUAGUAGUUCUAAUAGCGAUUAA